AUGUGCUCGGUGCUGUUUAAAGCGUCUGUGGGAGCCAACGCCGCAGAAAAAGAGCAGCUCCAUGGAGGAGGAGGAGAAGGAGGAGGAGAGGCUCAGUCUACAGACAUUACAGCCAGAAUGGGUCGCAGCGAGGAGCUCAGUGACUUCCAGCGGGGCACCGUGGUCGGAUGCCACCUGUGUAAGAAGUCGGUCCGGGAGAUCUCCGCCCUGCUGGACCUGCCUCGGUCCACCGUCAGCGCCGUGAUCCUCAAGUGGAAACGUGGAGGAAUCACGACGGCUCUGCCACGGAGCGGCCGACCACACAAGCUCAAGGAGCAGGACCGUCAGGUGCUGGAAAGGGUGGCUCUGGAGAAGUGUCUGCCCUCCAUAGAGGCUCUCACCGCCGAGUUUCAGACCGCCUCCGGGGCCAGCGUCAGUUCCACCACCAUCCGCCGGGAGCUCCAUGAGAUGGGCUUCCGCGGCCGAGUGUCCUCCUACAGCAAGCCCAAAGGAGGGCAGAAGGUGGCAAAGAAGCAGGGAGCCCCUGACCAAGAGGACGACAAAGUGGACGUGUCCCGCCUGGACCUGCGUGUUGGACGUAUAAUAACAGCUGUGCAGCUUCUAGACACCGACAGUCUGUACGUGGAGCAGAUUGAUGUGGGAGAGGCGUCUCCCAGGACAGUGGUCAGUGAACUGGCGAAGCACAUACCUUGGGCCCAGAUGCAGAACCGUAUGGUGGUCAUACUGUGUAACCUGAAGCCAGUCAAGACAAGAGGAAGGAUGAACCAGGCUAUGAUCAUGUGCGCCAGCUCACUAGAUAAGAUGGAAAUCCUUGAUCCUCCAUGUGGAGCUGUACCAGGGGACAGAGUUACUUUCCAGGGAUUCCCAGGUGAACCAGACAAAGAGCUGAACCCCAAAAAGAAGGUGUGGGAGCAGGUGCAGCCGGACCUGCGCGUGGACAGCCAGUGUGUUGCAACCUACAAGGGAGCUGCCUUUGAAGUGGUUGGAAAGGGAGUGUGCAAAGCUCAAACUAUGAGCGACUGUGAAAUCAAAUAAACUAACAGAGCUGCCUGGAAUAACUCAGUGCAAAUCCCUGCAGCCAGCCAGGACUCAAGAUGUUGUGGAAAGGCUUCCCAGAAGAGCGGAGGCUGUUGUAGCAGCAUAGUAACGCCCACAGUUUCGGAAUGAGACGUCCAACAGUCACCUGGGUGUGAUGUUUGAGUGUCCACAUACUUUUGUGCUGUAAGACAGUGAAAACGAUAGUGAUGAGCCCUCUGUUGGACUGACACGAACAUGACUGUUACAUGGAUUGUAAUGAAAAAUGUGUAGUUCUGAAUUUGGCCAAAUGAGGGCGCUACGUCACCCAUCAUAAUGUGCAGUUAGUGUGUGUUGGUUUGUUCCAGUGUGACAUGACAACAUGCAGCAGGCUGUCAUAUCCAGCACGGUGGCAAGAAAACGGAAAUUCUUUCAGAGAAUUCCGUUCGGUUGGGAAGUAUUUUGUAGAAUAUUUAUGUUUUCCCGUGAGACUGUAAAAGUCAUUUCCAUUGAAUGAUGGAUGAAACUAAACAGUGCAAAAGUCCCCUGCAGAAAGGGGACAUUCAACAGUUUUGCUUCUUGUACGUGUGGCUAUGAUUUGAAAAUGAGUCCAGUGUGGCAGAGACUUGUGAAGCAACAGAACAAGAUUACCUAACUGUUUCUCAACAAAUGAUGGGCAUUAGUCACUGUGUCAUGUAUCAGUGUGCUUAUGUAUCGUUUAUUUGAUAUAAUACAGUUUUUUUUAAUCUGAUAUCCAGACAAAUCUGGGAUUCCCAGUAAUGAAAAGCAGAUGUUUCUGUAUCAUUGGUUUGGAUGUAAAAGUGUUUCACUGUUUCUUCACCCAAGAAGUUUUCUAUCCAUUCUCCAUUUGCAGAUUGUUACUCUGCUCUUUUAAAUAUUUCUACAAAUGAGCAAAACCUUAACUUUUGUAUGUCGUACGUCAUAAAACGUGUUUCAGCUUCAAUUCAUGAUGGCCAUCGAGCAUAUUUAUCAUUUUAAGAGAAAAAUAAAUCAACACGUCUUGGGUUUCAAAACA